AUUUACAAAUGACUUUUCUCGAUAGUUUACUGUAUAGUUUUUCCAACAUCUUCUCCAUUGGACCUGAUAUGUAUGAUGAUGAUUGUUGUGGUGGCGCAGGACCUGGUGGAACUUGUUGUAAAAAUAUCAAACCCUUGUCUACUGAUAUCGGUACUUCUUCAUCAACUGUACUCUCCUGUCAACAGAAACAAGAACUUUAUGCAUGUCAAUGUUCAGAUCAAGAAGAUAAACCAACUAUCAAAAUUGUAAUAUGUGGUCAACAAUUACCUUCCAUAUCAACAUCUUAUUCCCAAUUAGCUCUAUUAGAAAACCAUUUAAAAUCAAUUGAAUACAAUGUAUGUACGGUCACUUUGGAUCAACAAUGUCAAGAUCUUCUGUUCACUUUACCUAUAUGUGUUUUUAUUUUAUCUGAUACAAGAAAAGAUAAUACUAUGUUAGAUAGGUUGAUGGGAUGGAUGAAUGAACAAAUCUUACUGACAAAUCAGAAACCAUUACGACAUUUGCUCUAUGCUAUUAUACUUUUUGGACAAGACUCACAACAGGAACUAGCUGAAAUCUUUCAACAAAAAUUAGAUCAAUUGGGUGCGACAGGAAUACAAACUAUAUAUGAUUUGACUCUUGGACAUGAAAAAAACAAUAUGAAGGAUGAUCAAAUCGAACAAUGGGCGAUUGGUUUUAUAGAAGGAUUACGACAAUACCAACAACAUGAGCAAAAGAAAUCAAUCUCUACUAUUGAAUAUACACCAUCUGUGAUCGCUUCGGCUGGAUGUACCAAUGGCAUGGUGGAUGUAGAAGAUAUGGGUCAAGUGGCAAAGAAAAUCAAACAAGUUAAAAAGAAGAAAUUAGCAGAUCGUGAAGUCAAGGAAAAUCGUGGUCGGCCGAAACGAAUGAUAGGUUUGGAUAUUUCUACAACUACCAAGAAGGCUGCCCCUACUACUGAAUUGACUACGUUGACACCUACUCAUGUAUCCUCCAGUAUAGUAUUUUAGUUCAUUUUUUUUAACUUUUACCAUCUUCAUAUAUAUAUAUAUAUGUCAUAGAUCUAUACCCUUAUAUUACAAUUUUAUUAUUUUUAUUUUGAAAAUAAAAAGUAUCAUACAAAAAAACAAUUCAGGAAUAAUGAUCAAAAAGGAAAGAGUUUGAAUGUCUAAUGAUGUAAAAUAAAAUAAAAUAAAAAAAGUCUAAAUAAAAAUGGAGGAGGAAUCUAUAA